UCUGUUUAUUGCAUUCUCUUUAAUUUUUUCUUAACACAUUAUAUUGCCAUUCUAAUCAUGCUUUCAAUGGACACUACUCGUACACUUAUUGGCAUAAUAGGGAAUGUUACAGCUCUGGUCUUGUACUUGUCACCUUUCCCCACAAUUGUGAAGAUAUGGAAGAAAAAAUCAGUGCAGCAAUACUCUGCAGCAACCUACCUGGCCACAUUCCUCAACUGCGGCAUUUGGGUGUUGUACGGACUCCCCACCGUGCACCCCAACAGCUUCCUCGUGAUGACCACCAGUGCCGCCGGCAUAGCCAUUGAGAUUGUUUUCUUAUUUGUGUUCCUCUUCUGCUCCGACAAAAAGAAGAGAUUUAGAGUAGGCCUCAUCGUCCUUGCCGAGGUUGCUUUCAUGGCGGCUCUUUCUAUUUGUGUCAUCACCCUUGCCCAUACUUGGAAGCUUCGAUCUGCCAUUGUUGGUAGCAUUGCAGUGGUGAGCAGCGUUCUGAUGUAUGGUUCUCCCUUGGCAAUCAUGAAAUUGGUGAUCACCACAAAGAGUGUGGAAUACAUGCCGCUUUCCGUUUCACUCUGCUCCUUUGCGAAUAGUCUUUGCUGGAUUGGCUAUGCCUUUAUUCAAUUUGACCCCUACAUAUUGGCACCAAAUGGUAUGGGAGCUUUAUCUGGAUUGGUUCAAUUAGUGUUGUACAUAAAAUACUACAAAUCCAACAAAAUUGUUGAAGAGAAGCAGGUCGAUAUGGAAGUGGGCAUGACCAAGAAUGAGUUGUCUACCAACACCAAGAAACCCAGCAGUGAGGGUUGAAAGAAGAUGUUUGCUUAUUACACUACUUACAUGAAUGAUAUUCAAAUCAACAUUUUGUAUUUCCUGUUUUAUAGUAAUC